CCCUUUUGUUCUCUCCCUCUCCCGGCGACCGCCGCGCGAGGACAAGGGAACCCAGGCUUUCCUCGUGAACAGCAAAGGAAAUUACACUGGACAAUGUAGGCUAAGGUUCUGCUCCUGCUUGCACCAGCAAAACGCAGCAGUCUUAUAGGGUUUUGCUCCUCCCGGAGAAGUCUCUUUGGUCAUGGAAGCUCAAGAUCCUCGUGAGGAUGCUCGGGCAAAUAGUAAUGUCGCCACCUAAUUUAUUUAUUCACCAAGUCAAGCCCAGUUCCUCGAAACCUGAGUAAGAGAAUGCAGACAGAAACUACUGUCAUCUGCUGUUAAAAAUGGUUCUGGUCUGGUCCUCCUCCUCCUCCAUUCUCCGUCUUUACCGAGGGAAUUCUUCUUCUCCUCCUCCUCCUUCCAAGUCGUACCUAACACUCAUGCUUUAGGCCAAAGAUAUGUUAUUUUACUGCAAUCCCGGCAGCGAGCUCGUGAUUCUUGGCCAGAGCAGACAAAAAAUGGCACACUUGCUCAGCGCAUUAACCAAUCUCACAUGACACGCGCACACACACAUAUCUUCCACACCCUUUUUCAGUCGCUGCUCGAAACGCUUCCAGAUCUCCUUCCAAGAUGCGUGCUUCGAUCAAUCGCCCCAAGAUGUCGCCGAUACCGUUACUUUUCGCGGUUUCCGCGACCUUGUUCCGCGCCCUGAUCACCGUGGAAUCAUGCCACCCUGCGGACCGAGAAGCUUUGCUACACUUCAAGUCCCGGAUCACGUCGGACCCUUCCAAUCUCCUCCGGUUGUGGACUCCGUCGUCCGACUGCUGCGCCUCCUGGGCCGGCGUCACGUGCGACCCUUCCUCCGGCCGGGUGGUAAAUGUCUCGCGCCCGGGCCUGACCUCGGGCGACGACGGCUUCCCGGUGGACACGUACAUGUCCGGCUCGCUGUCCCCGUACCUGGGGAACUUGACCUCACUCCAGCUUCUCGAUCUCAGCAAUCUCAAGGACUUGCAAGGCCCGAUCCCGCCAGAGCUCGGGAGGCUCUCGCGCCUCAUCCAUCUCUUCCUCGACUCGAACAAGCUCGCAGGGCCGAUCCCGGGGACUUUCCAGUACCUUCGCAGGCUGAACAAGCUGUAUUUGAGCGAUAACCGUGUUUCAGGAUCCGUUCCUCCGGCUGUUUUCGGAUCGUUGAGGUCACUCGUCGAAUUAGGCCUGUCGGGAAACAGAUUGUCUGGGAAAAUCCCGUCUUCCAUUGGGAAAUUGGGAAUGCUGAUCAAGCUUGAUCUUCAUCAGAACAGAUUCUCUGGUGGUAUUCCUUCUGAGAUUGGCAACCUCAGGAAUCUCAAGUAUCUGGACAUGUCCGAAAACCAACUAACCGGACGAAUUCCUUAUUCUAUCGGCGAGCUUUCAUCGCUGGUGUUGUUCUACCUUAACAGCAACAAGAUACACGGAAGCAUCCCGUCUUCCAUUUCAGGACUCGGGUCCUUGGUGUUCUGCCGGUUAUCGGAAAACAAGUUGACGGGAAGAAUACCGGCUUCCAUUGGCAACCUUACCAAGAUUCAACGACUGAUCCUAGAGAACAACAUGCUCGGUGGCAACUUGCCUUACACAAUCGGCCACCUCACGACCCUCACCGACAUUUUCUUCUCUAGCAACCGUUUCGUGGGACGAAUACCCUCGAGCUUCGGGAACCUACAGAGCCUCCAGAGCCUUGAUCUAUCGAGAAAUCAUAUCUCCGGCCCGAUCCCGACCGAGCUAUCGAAAUUGAAGAACCUGCAGAGCUUAGACCUUUCUGGCAAUCCACUAAGAUUAGUGACCAUACCGAGAUGGUUUCAAGAAAUGAGGCUCUUCAGUCUGCUUCUGGCAAAGACUGGGAUCGAGGGCCCCCUUCCGAGGUGGUUAUCAUCCUCGUCUCUGUCCACGCUGGAUUUAUCGAGCAACGCGUUGACCGGGAAGCUGCCACGAUGGGUCGGAAACAUGAGCAACCUUUCUUUUCUCAACUUAUCAAACAACGGUUUCCACUCGCCAAUUCCAAGUGAGUUCAAGAAUCUUACCCUCCUAAUGGACCUCGAUCUCCAUUCAAACAGGUUCACCAGCCGCCUUAACUCCGUGUUCCUGAAACGAGUCCAGAACCCUCUCGGGCAUUUCAACUCCAUCAAUCUCUCGAACAACAUGUUCCGAGGCCCGAUCGAUGAGAAUGUCGGAGAUAUGGAGGCAAUGACCUCGAUCACAUCAUUGAUUUUGUCCGACAACGUGCUGGGAGGAUCUAUACCAAAGUCCUUGGGGAAGUUGAGCCAGAUCAUGACAUUGGAGCUUGUGAAUGAUGGGAUAUCGGGCAAAAUACCAGUGGAACUUGGCAAUGCCACGGCACUGAGUACACUUCGGCUUUCACGGAAUAAAUUGAGGGGCGGGAUCCCGAAAGAGGUACUGAACUUGAAGGGACUCCAGGAGUUCGACGUUUCGGACAAUUUGUUAGGUGGCAGAAUCCCUCCUCAUAAGGCCAAUAUUCCCGCAUCCGCCUUUUCGGGAAAUCCAGGACUCUGCGGCGCCCCUCUUCCUCCUUGUAAUCAUCAAUAGUUCAUCCGUAGGAACGGAUUUUUUUUUUUUUUCUCGCUCUUUCAAUAACGACGGUCCAAGGGAAGCCCAUAGGAUAGAGCUGUAGCUUUUCCUUCUUCCUUUGGUGUCCUAAAGAAUGUAUCAGUUUCAUUCAUUUUGCAUAAUGCCAGAACUCGCAGACGAUGCUUUCGACUCGAAUAAAAUUCAUACCGAUCCCAAUUCCGGGCAUU